CGCAGCAGCGCGUCCCCAGCCCGCCCGCCCGUCCGCCAGCGCCGCGCCCCCGCUCGCAGCUCCCACCGGUGGCGAGCGACUCCCUGCCGAGGGCCGGCCUACGGGGGUGCUCGGGGGCGGCCGCCGGAGCGGGGUCGGGAGCCGCGGAGGCGGCGGCAGCGGCUCGGGGAGCAGCCAUGUUGGAGAGGGGAGUAAAGUGACUCUCGGCUGGGAAGGGAAGCCGCCUGGGCGGAGGAAGCGGCUCUCGGGGCGGCGGAGCGAGGGGGCUCGGCUCCUGGAGGCGGCCGCGGCUGCCGCGCUUAGGAGGGGGAGGAACCGCCCCCUCCCCCGCUCCGGACCAGCGGAGACCCGGCACGGCUGGCUUCCUUAAGCCAGAGUGAUCAUUGAUAGAAUGAAAAAGUUUAAGAGGAGACUUUCCCUAACCUUGCGUGGAAGCCAGACCAUUGAUGAGUCACUGUCUGAGCUGGCAGAACAAAUGACAAUUGAAGAAAACAGCAGCAAAGAUAACGAGCCUAUUGUGAAGAAUGGCAGGCCUCCGACGUCUCACAGUAUGCACUCAUUUCUUCACCAAUACACGGGAUCUUUCAAGAAGCCCCCUUUACGGAGACCACAUAGCGUUAUAGGAGGCAGCCUUGGCUCUUUCAUGGCAAUGCCUAGGAAUGGAAGCAGAUUAGAUAUAGUACAUGAAAAUCUGAAAAUGGGAUCAGAUGGUGAAAGUGACCAAGCUUCUGGAACAUCAUCUGAUGAAGUCCAAUCUCCUACAGGUGUUUGCCUCAGGAACCGGAUACACAGACGGAUCUCUAUGGAGGAUCUGAACAAGCGCUUGUCACUGCCUGCAGACAUCAGGAUACCUGAUGGAUAUCUAGAAAAGCUGCAGAUAAACAGUCCACCAUUUGAUCAACCGAUGAGUCGACGUUCUCGUAGAGCAUCACUAUCAGAAAUUGGAUUUGGGAAAAUGGAAACUUACAUCAAAUUGGAAAAGCUUGGAGAGGGUACUUAUGCAACAGUAUAUAAGGGAAGAAGUAAAUUGACAGAGAACCUGGUAGCUCUAAAAGAAAUCCGACUGGAACAUGAAGAGGGGGCACCAUGCACAGCCAUAAGAGAAGUGUCAUUAUUAAAAGACCUAAAGCAUGCAAAUAUUGUUACUUUACAUGAUAUUGUUCACACAGAGAAAUCUUUGACUCUCGUCUUCGAGUACCUGGACAAAGACCUAAAGCAGUACAUGGAUGACUGUGGUAACAUCAUGAGUAUGCACAAUGUAAAGCUAUUUUUAUACCAGAUUCUGCGUGGUUUGGCCUAUUGUCAUAGGAGGAAGGUGCUACAUCGAGACCUGAAGCCACAAAAUCUACUCAUUAAUGAGAAAGGAGAACUAAAACUAGCAGACUUUGGUUUGGCUAGAGCGAAGUCUGUUCCUACAAAGACCUACUCCAAUGAAGUUGUCACAUUAUGGUACAGGCCACCUGAUGUUCUCCUUGGAUCUUCAGAAUAUUCAACUCAAAUUGACAUGUGGGGUGUUGGAUGCAUAUUUUUCGAAAUGGCAUCUGGAAGACCUCUCUUUCCUGGUUCAACUGUUGAAGAUGAACUGCACUUAAUUUUCAGACUUUUGGGAACUCCUUCUCAAGAAACAUGGCCGGGCAUUUCUUCCAAUGAUGAAUUUAGGAACUACAACUUUCCCAAAUACAAACCACAGCCUCUAAUCAACCAUGCACCAAGGCUAGACUCCGAAGGAAUUGAAUUGAUAGCAAAGUUUCUUCAGUAUGAAUCUAAGAAAAGAGUUUCGGCAGAAGAGGCCAUGAAACACGCAUACUUCAGAAGUCUAGGAUCAAGGAUACAUGCUUUGCCUGAAAGUGUCUCAAUAUUCAGUCUGAAAGAGAUUCAGUUGCAGAAAGACCCUGGCUUUCGAAAUUCCUCUUACCCCGAGACAGCACAUGGGAAGAACAGAAGGCAGAGCAUGCUUUUUUAAAGGUGGUAAUGCAGUUUCAAGCCCAAGAGUAUCUCAUCAAUCAAGGACUCAGAACUGAAGUUUCUUUCGGUGGACUUGGAAUCUCAGUUUGUCUACACUGUCCUCUUCGCAGUGGAGUCUUUUUAUUUCCAACAUGCAGAUUAUGUUUUUAUAUUUGUUGUCACAGUGUGACAAUUUUUUGUACAGUUGGUUUUAAGGUCUCCUCUGCCAUUAGAGCCAGUAGGUUACAGCUAUUGAUGUAACUGUAGCUGCAAUUUUUGUGCAGAACUGAGAAACACAGUGCAUUAUUUAUUGCGGAAUCAUUGCUGCUAAAUAACUACUGUCUGUAUAGUUAACACAACAGUUGAAUGCCUGAAAAAGUUGCAAUGGCUUUAGAAUAUGUGAAUGCAUCUGUUUCUCUUCAUAAACUGUUUUACUGCUGCAGUUUUGUAUUUUUUAAACUGCAGUGUUUCCUGGAAUGUAAACAUAGCUUUGCUUGACUAUAGGUGAAUCAUCUUUAACACUCUAAGUUCAUAGCACUUAAUUCCUUAUUUAACAUUGGCAAUACAGUAGAUGAAAUAUUAUAAAGCACGUUUUGUUUUAAGAGAGUUGAUUCAAACAAGUGAAUGGUUAUCUAUUAUUUGCUCUCAGAUCUUAUAUCAGUUACAGGUAAAGGAGAUGGGAUGAUAAAUUUUGUCAGGAUUUACUCUGAUUGAAGAUAUUUGCACAUUAUUGUGCAUAUGGUUCCUCCUGAUGCAAUGACUUUUUUACCUGAUUUUUAACCUAGUUAGAAAUAUAAAUAGUAAAAAGAUCAUUCAUGUACAUUAUGCCCUGUUUUUCUUUUGAAACUAUUUUUGUCUUUACAAGAGAACAGGAUGAUUAAUUACAAGAGCAUGGGAAUAAUGUCCCAUUUCCCACCCUCUUGUUGCUCCCUCAUUACGACAUUACACCUCUACCCCGAUAUAACGCGGUCCUCGGGGGCCAAAAAAUCUCACCGCCUUAUAGGUGAGACCGCGUUAUAUCGGGUUCGGUCCAGUACUGGCAAGAGCUGGUACACCGUGCCGGACUGGACUGGCUUCCUCGGAGGUGAUUUAAAGGGCCUGGUGCUCCAGCCACUGCAGGGAGCCCCGGGCCCUUUAAAUCACCGCUGGAGCUCCGGCAGCGGGGCUCAGGUGGGGAUUUAAAGGGCCUGGGGCUCCCCGCAGUGGCCGGAGCCUCUGGCCCUUUAAAUAACCGCCCAAGCCCGGGCUCCGGCAGCUGGGCUUGGGGGGUGAUUUAAAGGGCCUGGGGCUCCAUACGAAUUUGGAUAUAACACGGUAAAGCAGCGGGGCUCGGGUGGCACUUUAAAGGGCCCGGGGCUCCCCGCUGCUUUACCAUGUUAUAUCCGAAUUCGUGUUAUAUCGGGUUGCGUUCUAUCGGGGUAGAGGUGUAUUCACUUGAAAUCAACUGGAAAGAUGCAAGUACAUACUUGAUAAGAACUCACUAUAUACUACAGACAUUUGAAAACAUGGGAACUUAGAGGGUUUUUAAGAUCUUAGAUGUUAUCUGUUUACCAGAGAUAGUAAACAUGUUACUACUAUGCUUAUGCAUCUCAGUGAGUAUCAUAAGUACACCCUUGGUAAUGGUAACUAUUUUUAAGCAUUUGUGUUACCUUUAUGAACUUAUUUGUUUAGUGCAUCUUAAAGAGACUGUAAAUCUUUAUUGGUAUAUUUUGAAAUGGUCAUGUAAAUCUUUGGCUGGUAUAUCAUGAAUAUAGUCAUAGAUAACUUAAUUUUUUCCUGACAUUCACUGUAAAACAUUCAGGGGUCCUACCAUUUCGGUUCAGGAAAUCUUGUAGUUUAUUGUUAUUUAACAGUAUUAAGUGAAUUUUUGUAUAUUUCAUUUUAACUUUAUUUGUGAAUAGUGAUUGUGGCAUGUUUGGGAGCGUUUUAUUAAUAUUUCUUGAUACUGGUAAAUUUAAUUGGGAUUUUUUUUUUAUUUUCUGGAAGAGACAAACUCAUGUGUAAUGGUGAAUAUUGGACCACUACUGCUUUUCAGCAUUUGUAAACUGGUUUUAUGUUAAAGAAACCCUGUAGGCCUAACAAACUGCUGUUAUUUCUAACUGACAGACCUGUAUUAAUAUUGUACUUUUGAAAGUAUAAAUAUUAUAUGGAA